AAAUAAUAAAAUUCAUUAUUUUGUAAAGAAAAUACGAUGGAAUUUGUACACUCUAUAUGGCUAUUUUCCAAAGUAGAAGCUACAAGUAUAGCCUAGCCCUUCCUAUACGGUCCAAGUCAAGUCCACUCAUCACAAAACCUUCGCUAUUUUUUCCUUCCCCAAUUUCCACGCAAUCCAACGGCCAUUUAUAUCCGACUCAGACCUCUUCAUCACAUGUGCUGUCAUUGGCUCCAUCUCCUUUAUACGUAAACCGUACACGCGCACAGUAUUACAACUCAAAACAAGAUAAAACUUGACAUUGCCUUGAGUGGCAGACCCAAUCCUCCAAAAAAGCUCUCUCUCUCUUUGAGAAAUGGCUGAGGAACAUGAUCACGGUGCCCACAUGCACAUGCCUCCUUCCGAUGGUAGCAUGAGCAAACAUAGGAUGAUGCACAUGAGCUUCUACUGGGGCAAAGAUGCCAUAGUCCUCUUCUCUGGAUGGCCUAAUCAAGACCUUGGCAUGUACGUGUUGGCUCUUCUCUCUGUCUUUUCCCUGGCCGUCGCCGUCGAGGUAUUGUCCAUCUUGCCGGCUGUCAAGCCCGGCCACAAACCAAUUGCGGGCGGGCUGAUUCAGGCUACCGUCUAUGCUUUUCGCAUGGGCUUGGCUUACCUAGUCAUGCUCUCUGUCAUGUCCUUCAACCUUGGAAUCUUCAUAGCCGCUGUGGGUGGCCAUGCCGUUGGGUUCUUUCUCGUCAAGAUUCGUGCCCUUGCCAAGGCCAAACCUGCUCAUGAGACCAUGUCCUCCACCGCACUAAUCACUCCUAAAGUUUGAUGUUCAUGUCUUCCAAAAGGAAAUGGUGUCUUUUCAGUGGUGCAUGUCUAUAAUAUUGUAACCGUCUUUACUCGCUCUUUAAUCUAGUGCUUGGAUGAUCGUUCAAGUGAAAAGAGUCUUGGUGGUCUGUAUUGCCCGAGUGUGUAAUGUAGUGGAGGUUUCUAUUCAAUAUGACGCCGUUUUAAAGCUAA